AUGCCGUCACUUCAAGAGAGCAAGCUCGCCUUCAUUGGCGGUGGUAACAUGGCCUCAGCCAUUAUUACAGGACUUGUGGGACAGGGUGCCAACAAGCAGAACAUCACCGUCUCGGAGCCAUGGGAUGUCAACCGCGAGAAGAUUGCAACCAUCGGAGUUCAAACCACAACCUCUAACGUCGAAGCCGGAAAAGAAGCGGAUCUUGUCGUCAUUGCCGUAAAGCCCCAAGUCGCCAAGGGCGUGUGCAAGGAGCUCGGUGAGGCCUGGUCGCAGCGCACAACUCUGCCAGUUGUUGUCUCCAUCGCUGCAGGAAUUACUCUUGGGAGCUUGGAAGAAUGGCUUAAGACGAGUGAUGGAAGGACACCGCAUGCUGUUCGUGUCAUGCCAAACACCCCUGCGCUGGUUAACGAGGGUGCUUCGGGUGCUUUUGCUAGCAAGGAUGUGACGGAUGAUGAGAGGGCGCUUGUUGAUGCGCUUCUCGGAAGUGUGAGCAAGACCAUUGAGUGGUUGAAUGAGGAGAAGCUGCUGGAUGUGGUGACAAGUUUGUCUGGAUCGGGACCUGCUUAUUUCUUCGCCAUGGUUGAACAUCUCAUUACCAGUGCCACUCAACUGGGUCUGACAGAAGAGCAGGCUACCCGGUUAGCUACGCAAACAUGUCUCGGUGCCGGCAAGAUGCUUGUUGAAUCAUCAGAUGAACCUGCCCAGCUGCGCAAGAACGUUACCAGUCCUAACGGCACUACGCAUGCCGCGCUCCAGACCUUUGAGUCUCUGGGUUUCAAAGAUAUCGUGGAUAAGUCUGUCAAGGCAGCAGCGGCUCGGGCCGAAGAGUUGGGGAACUCUCUUGGGUAA